UAUUGGCUUUUCCAUUUCGAGCCCUUUUAAAUGUUGGGCUGUGGGUGUUGCCUUGGCCUACCGUCAGGGCCGGGUCUGGAUACAAACAUUUCAUUCUCCUAGUCGCCGGAAAUAGAGAUCAAUCAAAAUGGCAGGAAGACUAAGCAAAGUGGCCACCACCAUACUUGGCGGUAAUGGCGUCGUCUCCCGUUCCGUCGGAUCCUCACUCCGUCAUCGUGCCGGAAUGGGCCUUCCUGUUGGCAAGCACAUCGUUCCUAACAAGCCACUUCCAGUCAACGAUGAGCUAGUAUGGGAUAACGGUACCCCGUUUCCUGAACCUUGCAUCGAUCGCAUUGCCGACACUGUUGGAAAGUAUGAAGCAUUAGCUUGGUUGUGUGGAGGAUUGGGAUUCUUUGCUACGCUAGGAUUGGCCGCUGUAUGGAAUGAUAAAGCUUCUAAAUAUCCCUUCACACCAAAGGUUUUUCCAUAUGACAACUUGAGGGUCAAGCUUGGCGAAGAACCCUAGAUGAGUCUACUAUAACCGUAUCUCAAAAGUUCAGCUACAUGGCCUGUCCAUUAACUUUUGAUUUUCUUGUUAUUCCGGGAUAGCUAAAAUAAUGGCUUAGCUUUCCUCUUAAUUUUUUUCAAAGAUUGACAUAGAUAUGCUUGGCUCAUUGUCUGUUAAUGUGUGUUAAUUGGCAUAUGUAAUAAAGCUCUAACAUCUCUAAUUGUGCUUUCGCUUUUGUUUUAUACUAGAUAAUCCCCGUGCGAUGCAUAAUUUUUUUCAUUUUAUUGUUUUUUAUUCUUUUAUAAAACCGAAAAGGAAUUGUAAAUUAUUGGUUAUUGAAUAUCAAUGAAUGAAUAAUUGCA